AUGUGGAGAAGGAGGUGCUGGAGAGGCAGACCUCGGAAGAAGGAGUUUCUACAACUCACGAGGCUGCUGUGGUUGUCUCCUUCUUCGAGAGGAGCUGCUCGAUUCGUGUGGCUGUGCCCGGCAGUGACGGCUUGGCAGUGGAGCGCCGUGCGCUGA